AUGACUAAUGAUAUUGUGAUUUCCAGACCAUUGUGUCCAGAGGAGAACUUCUUCAGGUGCAGAACUGCUGUUGACUGGUAUCGUAAUUUUGGUUCUGUCGCAGCCUACUCAAAGGACCUCUCCGAUCCCCAAUUGUUGUUUCGCGCAUUAAGGAAAACAAUUCUAGACUAUCAUAUCCUCAUAUGCAAUGUUUUUCACAAUCGCGAAGCAGGGUUCACUGAGAUGAGGCCCAUCAAGCAUGCUUCAUUUGGAGACUUGGUCGAGUUUGCAGAAGAGCUGUUCUCUACGGAAGGUAAGAAAGUUCCAGAAUGGUUGUUAUCAAAAAUCUGUCGUACUCUUUACUUUUCGUUGUAUGUGGAAAAGCCAUUGUUUAAGCUCAUUGUUUACGGAACACAUGAUUUGGCGUUUACAGUAGAGCACACCCUUGCAGAUGGAGUCGUUGCUUUGUCUUUUCACGAAAUAUUCCUAGACAAUCUCGCGUACUGUGCUGAUUCCCAAAAUUUGGACUCCUACGUCGCUAAGUAUGGGCCAAUUCCGGACGUAAUCGACGAGAAUACAACUGUCUUUGAUCUUGAAACUGAUCUCCAGUACAUCAAGCACUCUUUGCCACCUCCUGUCGAUAUGUUCAUGGAAGAUCCAAGUCUCGAUUACUCGGAUGGUGACGAGAAGCACUUCUCUAAGGUGGCCCCGCCCAGCCACCCAGAAAAGUGGCCAGGUAGAUUUCCCACCUCUUUAGAGUUUACCACUGCUUUCAAGUUGAUUAAUAUAGCACCCACUGAUUUGAAAGUAAUAUUACAAAAAUGCAAGGAGCAUGGAGUUCUGCUUACGUCAUACAUUGCAUGUAACCAAGCCUUGGUCUUGCAACCUAUUUACGGUUCUCAACAUCAUACCCUGUGUGUUGUUGCCAUGACAUUGCGCAGAUUCAUUCUGCCAGAAAAAUUAGACGUUGAGUAUCGGAACGUGCUUGAGCCAUCGUACAAAUUAUUAGGUAAUUAUGCUCACAUGGGAGUGCCCCAGUUCUUUACUCCAUUGACUGAAUUUACAUGGGAGAGGGUAAAAGAGUUUCAACGCAACUUGUCUUUAUCAGUUGUCAAUAAUAAACUCUUAAACAUGCGCAAGCCAAUCUAUGACAGCCUUGAAGACUUCAGUGACAAUAGUCACCUAUUUGAGAAGGCAUUGUCAAAGAAUAAAGCAGACUCUUUGAAAUUGUCAAACAUCGGAGCAGGAAGGUUCACAAAUCACGAGAAUGGCUGGACCGUCAACGACAUUGUCUUUGCGCAAGAUUUGGCACCCAAUGCAUCUGAAUUCGUUUUAAAUAUGGUUUCCUCGCAGAACGGUGGCCUCAACAUAGUUCUUUCUUAUUUUGAUCACAGUUUUGAAGACUCCGAUCAUCAGAAUUUUGACGAAUAUCCGAUCUUGCUCAAAGAAGCAUUAUUGAAGAAUGCUUCUUAG